CAGCMGAGCGGCUCGGACGUUGUAGUUUCGAUGAGCUCUCAGAUUGCGGCUCUCUUGUUCUGACUGCAGCAGCUUCCGUCACUCAUGUAGCCGAACAUGGCCCCUGCCAGCCGGGCUGUUGCUGUGGUAGCGCUGUCGCUGCUCUACCUGUGCGGUGGGAUCAUCUCCACGGAGUUCUUCUCCACUCUCACGCUGUUCAACAACGAGCUCCACAAACAGGGAUGCAGUUCGCUGUCCGAGUGGGAGGACUACGCUGCGGACUGCGCAGAGUCUUCGGUUCUACAGUUCGAGGACCCAGACUGCGUGGAGGGAAGCAACCCGCCGUGCGAGUCGGUUUUCUCUCUCAACGCUGAAAAAAUCCUGAACCAGGCCAAGUUGUUUAUAGAGCAAAAGAAAAUCCCCUUCCCUGUAGACAACCAAAACACAAACGAGGAACUGGCCAUAUGCUACGUUCUGAUAGGAAACGGUCUUUAUGACGAGGCCAUUAAACAUUUCUCCCUCUUACUUCAGAGCGACCCGGAGUUGGUCAGCGCCAUCUAUGGACGAGGGAUAGCUUACGGCAAGAAAAGCCUGCAGGACAUAAAGAACGCAGACCUGGCGCUGUACGAGCUCAACCGGGUCAUCGCACUCGAGCCGAACUGGCCCGAAGUUUAUGAGCAGAGAGCUGAGAUUCUGUCGCCUCUGGGCCGGAUCAGCGAGGCUCUGAGUGACCUCACCAAAGCCAUCCAGCUGCAGCCGUCAGCUCGCCUCUACAGGCACAGAGGAACUCUGCUCUUUAUUUCUGAGGAUUACGUUGCAGCCAUGGAGGACUUCCAGAGCUCCUUGGAGCUGAAGAAGAAUCAGCCCAUCGCCAUGCUCUAUAAGGGCCUCACCUUUUUUCACAGAGGAAUGCUGAAGGAAGCCAUCGAUGCAUUCAAAGAGGCUUUGAAGUUGAAGUCUGACUUCAUAGAUGCGUAUAAGAGCCUCGGACAGGCUUACAGAGAACUGGGGGAUUUUGAAUCGGCGAUGGAGAGCUUCCAGAAGGCCCUCAUGCUGAACCAGAACCACAUCCAGUCUCUGCAGCUCCGGGGCAUGAUGCUGUACCACCAYGGCUCUCUGCAGGAGGCCAUYGGGAGCUUCAAGAGGUGCCUCCAUUUGGAGCCCUACAAUGAGGUGUGUCAGUACAUGAAGGGGUUGAGCCACGUCGCCAUGGGUCAGUUCUACGAGGGCAUCAAAGCUCAGACUAAAGUCAUGCUGAACGACCCCCUGCUGGGACAAAAGGCCAGCUCCGAAUACCUCAAAGUGAAAUACCUCCGAGAGUAUUCCCGUUACCUGCAUUCCCACCUGGAUAUCCCUGUAGCGGAGUACAACGUGGACCAGGACUUACCGGGGAAUUUUAAGAACCACUGGGCCAAGAACCUGCCGUUUUUAAUAGAGGACUAUGAGGAACAGCCCGGCCUGCAGCCACAUAUAAAAGACGUUCUGCCUCAGAACUUCGACAGCUACAGCACCGAAGUCCAGAAGCUGAUCUGCACGGCCGACCAUCUGGGCGCGCUGAUGCAGUACGACACGCCCGGGUUCCUGCCAAACAAAAGAAUACACAGAGCGAUGGGGUUAGCAACGCUGGAGGUGAUGCAGGCGAUGCACCGGACGUGGAGCAGCUCCAAAGUGCGAGUUAACGGAAAGACGCGGCAAAUGCAGUGGAGAGAUAUGUUUGACAUAGCCGUCAAAUGGAGGAGGAUCGCAGAUCCGGACCAGCCGGUUCUGUGGUUGGACCAGAUGCCAGCCAGGAGCCUCAGUCGAGGCUUCAACAAUCACAUCAAUCUCAUCAGGGGUCAGAUUMUAAAUAUUAGAUACCUGGCCUACUUUGACAACAUCCUAGAGUUUAUUAAAGACAGAAUAUUAGUGUACCACGGGGCGUACAACCCAAGAGGCCUCCUGGAGGUCCGCCAAGCACUUGAAAAUGUUAAUAAAGUAGAAGAUCUGCUGCCAAUAAUGAAGCAGUUUAAUAGUAAAACCAGAGAUGGAUUCACUGUGAACUCCAAGGUGCCGAGUGUGAAGGAUCCUGGGAAGGAGUAUGAUGGCUUCACCAUCACCAUCACUGGAGACAGGGUGGGGAACAUGUUGUUCUCUGUAGAAACCCAGACGACAGAGGAGCGGACGCAGCAGUACCAGUCAGAGAUCGAGAACAUCUACAAAGACCUGACAGUCAAAGGGAAGGCGCUGAUGCUGUCCACCGAACUGGGGGAUGCAGAUGCAGUAUGCAACCUGAUCCUCUCUCUGAUUUAUUACUUCUGCAACCUCAUGCCUCUAUCCAGAGGAUCCAGUGUGGUGGCGUAUUCGGUGGUGAUGGGGGCGCUGAUGGCCAGUGGGAAAGAGGUCAUCGGUAGAAUCCCAAAAGGAAAGUUGGUAGACUUUGAAGCCAUGACGGCGCCAAGUCCAGAAAGUUUCAGUAAAACAGCAAAGAGCUGGAUGAAUCUAAAAAGUUUACCCAGUUGGUACCGAAGUCUUCCGUCUGUAGCAGAGACCUUUCCGUCCAUCAGAACGAUGAUCGAGGUCCUGAACACAGACUCGUCUUCACAUUGUCCAAAGAAGUCUUAAAACAUCUUCCAGCGCUCAGAGAAAUCUGUCAAAGUCUUAACAAUGGAGCUUCUGCACAAUAACAGUAAAGGGACAAACUUCUACAUCCCAAACAAAACGCGACUGAAAAGAUCCAAAAAURUUCUAAAUUCAUACCAAAAAGUGAA